AUGAACAUAUUCACCUAUCCACCUCAAUAUUCGCACUUGCCGAGCACGUCAAUCAGUCCAUCGCCGCCUGACAUCUCGUCGGAGAAUAUGGAUCGGAAGACGAAAAAGCCGCUAAUGGAGAAACGACGACGCGAACGGAUUAACGCAUCGCUUUCCACGCUCAAGGAGAUCCUCAUGGCCGCCUAUCCACAGCAAAAUUCCAAGCUCGAGAAAGCGGAUAUUCUGGAGGCGACGGUGAACUAUGUGCGUCGAUUGCAAACACAACAUGGUGGAGUGCAAACAGCAAUCGCUAAAGAGGAAUGCCGAUUGAUGUUCCGAAACGGUUACGAUUGCGCGUGGAAAGUGACCGGUCAAAUGGCUCAAGAACACUUGCAAACAGUGCUCCCGCCUCGGUCCGGCCCACACGUCACACAGAUUCAUCUCGGCUUCAUCGAACAGCUCAAGAAGCUUCAACACCCACCGCCUUUCCCUUUCCCCGGCUUCAUGAUCCAUCCCGACCAGCUCGUCUCAUCGAUCCCUACAGGCCAUUCAACCACAAAAUCCUCGCCAGCCAGUCCCGAGUCGGCCUACGGAAGCUCGCCUGAUGUGACGCCAAGCUCAAGUGCCAAACAAAUGCCUGUUUCGAUUCCCGGCAUUUACCCAACAACCCCACUCGCGCGUCCCGUUAAAGCAACACAAAAGGAAAUCGAUGUAGAGCUAUCAAAUGAUGAAGGUGACAGCGAUUUCGACGAAGACGCUCCAUCGCCACCAGCCGCCAAAAAGCCCAAACUAGCAUCGCAAAAGGAGGAGCAAAAAGUUUGGCGUCCAUUU